CCGCCAUUCCUAUCAUAUGACUACACCAUAUGUUUGGUGGAUCUUCUAGGAAAGUUACUGGACUUUCCAAGGCCGCAACCACCCAUGGAUUCAAGCACUCAAUUCGAACGUCUGGAGUAUUGACAGCUGGGAAACAAGGGCAGCGAAGAGAGGAAACAGAUGCAAAGCGAAGGUUGCACAUACAGGAAAUGACCAACAAGGAUCGAGACAUCAUUGAGAACAUGUUUGCCGAGAGUAGCGUUGACAUACAGCCAGAAAGUAUACCUUACAGUCUGCCGCCUGGUGAAGAGGAAGUAGAGCUCAGUCACGAGGGCAGUGAGUACAAGGCGUUUUGA